CAAUUAUUGAGAAUCUAAAGAAAGUUAAUUAAUAGCUGCUAUUCGUUAGUUGAACCGAAGAACGGACUUCGUAUAAUAGAAUGGAUCCUUCAAUAGACGAUGCGAAAAUUGUCAAGGAAACACUGCACGCUGGUAGCAAAGUGAUACCAUUCCAGGAUGGAACGAAAAUUUGCUUUCACUAUCAAACGACAAAACUGGAUGGAACAGUUUUGGACGAUAGCCGCAAGCUGGGAAAACCGAUGGAACUGGUGCUCGGUAAAAAGUUUAAGCUGGAAGUUUGGGAAGUUUGCGUCCAACGAAUGGCGUUACACGAAGUCGCCCGAUUUCGGUGUGAUCGAUCUCUGGUGCAACAGUAUCCGUUUGUGUCGAAGACAAUUCGAGAUUCUCUGAAGCCAGCUGACCAGCGAAAGCACUGCUGUGGAAUGACAAUUCAAAAUGAGGGAAUCGGAUAUAAGGAUUUGGAUGAGAUCUUCAACGAGCCGCAGGAUUUGGAGUUUGUGUUGGAAAUUUUAUCAAUCGAAAACCCUGAGGAAUAUCAAAAGGAAUCAUGGCAGCUAAACGAUGACGAAAAGCUAGAGCAGGUGAAAAAACUGAGAGAAAAGGGAAAUGAUUGCUACGCUAGAAGAGAUUUUACAGGAGCGAUGGAAGCCUAUUCCUACGCAACCGGGCUCGUGGAACAGCUGAUGUUGAAAGAAAAACCCAACGAUACGGAGUGGUUAGAGCUGGCAAAGCUUAAAGUACCUCUACUGCUUAAUUAUUCCCAAUGUAAGCUACUGGAUCAGGAUUAUUAUGCGGUAAUAGAACACUGCAGCGAAGUGCUUGAAAAGUACGACAAAAAUAAUGUGAAGGCACUGUUCCGACGGGCAAAGGCCCACGUUGGUGCGUGGAAUCCAAACAAAGCAAAGGAUGACUUCGAGCGAACAGCUGAAUUAGAUCCGGCCCUAGCAAAGGCCGUUGCAAGGGAGUUGAAAAAUUUGCAGGAACUGAUACGCGUGAAAGAUGUCGAGGAUAAGUUGAAAUUUCAGAAAAUGUUUUGAGUAGGUGCCUUUAGGUGCCUUUUCGAUAACUGGGUAUAUUUUUCUGGGCUGCUUAACAAGGCUCUCGAUAUCUUAGCAUAGUCAAACAGAAAAUAUAGGUCAAAAAUUAACUUUUAUUAUCCAGCAAAUAUGUUAUGAAUUCAUAAUUGCUUACUGAAGAUCAACUAGAUACCUGUAGACAUUAAAUGCCUAUUUUAUGUUAGGAAACCGUACUUAUUUACAUUGCUACUUACGUUACAUUAAAAUUCUCUCAAGCCCAGCUAAUGAACUGAUUCUGUAUCAGCAAAUCAUUAAGACUAGCGUACAAAUGUUUUAAACUGAAUGUGUCUUCUGGCUAUAUGUAUGAAUAUGGAUGUAUGUCAUUAGUUUUGUUUGAAAAUUGUGCAUGUAAUAUAUUACUUGAUUUGUAGAUUUAAUGUAUGUAAUGGUAAUUAUUA